CUUCUUCACGUCCGUUGCCCGCUCCUGCCUGCUCGCUGCUCAGAGCUAUUCCCGAAUCCCGACCCCGGCGGGUCUUGGUGGCUCCUUCCCGCUCCGUCUUCUGAACUCGUAAACUUCAUUCCCGGCAUCCCGUCUCUUCUCCCCGUCCCGUCCCUUCUCCUCCCUUCCCUUGCCUUGUUCUUAUCGUCGGUCGUCAUCCGCGCCUGUUUUUCCCUCUUCUCUCCACCUUGGAGUCAGCGACUGGGUCGUGGGUGCCUCCGGCCUGCUCUGGCGUCUGCCAAUCUGCCCAACCGCAACCGCAUAACUCCACUGCACCGCUUGGAUCAUCACCGACGCGGCGACGGCCCCUCAAAAACCCACCCGCCGGAAGCCCACAAUUGGGGGUGCUGCUCUUCCCCACCGCCACCGAAGACCGACUUCCCUGUCGGUCGAAAGAGUCCCUCCCCAGGCUCCCCCUUCCGCACGGCCAGCGCCAACCCCAGAAUCGGCAAGCCGGCCAGUCCGUUGCCCCAAGCUCGUCUGGCCUGGUUGGCCCCUCGCUCCUCGCUGUCAAUUGCAGGCGCCACCACGGCGCUACGAGCAGCUUCCCCUGGUGCCUUGGUGGGGAGCACUGGCCAGUGCUUGCCACGGGCAGAGCCUGGACGCCAGGCACGACCAGGUAUCGGGUGGUAUUGGCCCCAUCAAGUUGACUUCUCACCAAAAUAGUAGCAGACAGCUCGGCCCAGCUUGGAGAAGGAAGGCCUCAGUGGAGGAGACAGGGGACGGGCUCAUCCACACCUCAAGCAUGGCUCGGCGACAACAGGACCGGGGCCGUACCCGACCCAGCACCAGCGGUCGCUCUGAGCCAAGCCGCGGUCGACGUGCAGGAUGGCGAGCAGUCCCGGCAGGGCCAGAGGAACCAGGACCGGCAGCCAGCGGAGGCCGCAGUCGUCAUUCGGCCCGCCGCCAGCAUAUGAAAACCUUUCUGCAUCUCGAGAGCGCGCCUUCGUCUCCAGCAAGCAGUCUGGCCUCUCUGACAGCCAACGACUGGACUUGCGUCGGGGACAACGAUGUCAGCUUCUUGCUGUCGUCGCCCACAUCGAGCACCUCAGCCACCGACAACAGCAUCAUGAGUGCCAGGACCACCACAACGGGAGCGGCCGCGGCGUCUGGCGCCACAGCCAACACUAUCGCCACAGCCGACCUGGGCGCCCGCCAAAUAGCUCCGUUGUCGACUUCGGUUACAGACUUCACAGAGAGCGCUCCUUCGGCGAUGGUCUGCAGCCCCGCCACGAGCACUGCGAGCAGUGGCGUCAGCAAGCCUGGAGUCCUGCGCCACCGUCACUCGAUGCAUCCAACACUCCAGUACAGCCGGCAGCUUCGCUUUCAGGAAUCGGCAGCCCACGAAGACGGCGAUGCUCAUGGCCGCCAACGCAUGGAGAGCCUUGGGCCCUACGACGGCGGCCGUGACACUACCCAACACAACGCUUCGUGCAGCCCCAAUCUCCGGCACCGAUCCCAGCAGAGCGUCCGACGUGACGAUUCCAGCACCAGGCCAGACCGACGUCCUUGGUCCCCCGCAAACGGGCAACGAUCGCUGCAAACUAAGAAUGGAGGCCAGAGGGUAGGGCAAGGUGCUUCCAAUAUCUUGCAAACCCCCUCGGAAGAGUCUUCGUACCUAGCGAGCGACUACACACCGCCCUCGACCGCCAUGACCAGAGAACAAUUCGAGGCAUUGCCAGCCACGGUUCAACGGAAGUACUUUUCCACACUUGAGCGUCUACGUUUUGCUCAAGACCCUCAUCCUCGUGACGGUCCCCUUCCUCACCCCGAGCUUCUCGCAGCGCACCAUCGUGCCGUGUCCGCGCCUCGAGAAACAGGCACUGGACGGCCUCCAUUGCGAUUCGGCUUUAGCUCCAACGAGCUCGACGACGCUCCCCAUCGUCACUCACAGCUCAGUCACCUGCCCGCCCGCGUCUACGACGACCUGACUGAUUGGGCCCCUCCGCGACGACAGCAAAGCGCGGAGCCGUUGGCACCCCUUCGUCGCCGCAAAAGUGUAAUCUUGGACGCCACCGACGAGGCGUACCUGCGCAUCGGAAAGCGGAAGUCACAGAGCUUCAAACCCGAAGCCCCGUCAGACGAGCUGCAGCACUCCAACAUGUUCUCAACAAGGUCCCAAGGGCGAGAGCCAGCGGAGUUCAAACAGACCAGAGAUUCUAUCUACGACAGCUUCCGCUGGCUCGAGGAGGAUGACGACCUGGACCUUCGGCUUUACCUCGAUGACUACCACAUGAAUCUGAGGGAGGAGGUGCCUGUGCCCACCAAGAAUUGGCGACCAUCAUUCCGUCGUCACCUUUCCAUCUCCAAGCGUCCGUUCGGAAAAGGCUCGGUUUCUCUGAGCCGACCAGCAACCAAGGACAGCAACCUCGGACCUUUAUCGACAGGCUCGCCGAUUGGGUCUACUCCGGGAUCUCCUGGGCACGUACGCCGAAGAUCCCGGACCUUGUCAUUGAUGUCGUCCAACAAGCAGAGCGCUCGGUCCGACUCACCACCCUCCAUAGAUCCUGCAGCUUCCCAUUACCAGGAUCCCGAUGCGCGGAUGAAGCUUCGCGUCUAUUUGGCGUCGCCUCACAAAUUCGAUGAGGCCAUAGAAUUCGGCUUCCCGUCUAUUGACGAAGUGCAGGACAAGGAGAACAGCGUGCACGCGGGAGCACACAGACUGCGGACAUUUUUGGAGGACGACGCGUCUUCGGUCUAUAGUGAGGCAUCGAUUGCGGAGCCCGAGUCGCCCAAGACGCCGGAGACUCUGGACAAGCAGCUGCGUCUCCGACCGACUCGCAUCAGCCAAGACCGUGGCGCCGAGCCCAAGCUGGAUUAUGCGCAGGCACCCGCCUCGUCGCGGGAAAUGACGCUGCGAAUGACGUUGACACGGCCCGACCUCCGAGUCGACGAUGAGCAAAUAUAUGGCUGGCAGAAGCGUCAUGCCACGCGACGGUCACAGACGCGAGACGAGCCUCACUCACCCCCACCCUUCUCGAGCGAUGGACACUCCAAGGAGACCAUCGAGAGGCAGUUUGCUGCCAUGGACCAAGAGUACCUCUCCAGCGACAACGGAGUGGUGAAGCGUUUCUGGAACCGUAUGCGCCGCACUUGAGGGGGCAUCGCGUCCACCUACCAUCGCCUUACAACCACAUACUUGAACCGCCCUCGACUCGGACCAACUCACGCUUCGGUUUCCAAGGCCACUCAUUUGAGCUACGCAACUAUUACGGCAUUCUUUGGCCUCUUUUCAUUCCCUUCGCAGCCUCUGUCGAUCUUUUAUACCCUUGCUGCAUGUACGGUUGGGCAUCUUACACGACUAUGUGCCCUCAAUAAGGUCACUCCUUUUUAGCGACGUUUUGGGAGAUGCAUUUCAGCAUUGUGCCUGUUGGAGUUCACGGCAAUAAUGUAAAAACACAUACUGAUGUUAGAUUUUUUUGCUCUCAUUCUUGUAUGCAACGGAGUCCAGGGCAUUGCACUUGGCGUGUUUUGCUGACAAAGGUGGUUUGUCGAGUCAUGGCAGGCGGGGGUGGAGUUGAGGAGAGCAACGUGUUCCAUGUUUCCGUUGGAAGGCGAAAGCAGUUGAACAUGGCCAUGGUAUCAUGGCGGCGGAACACGAAUGAUUUGCCAUGGACUCGCGUAGCGCUUGUGUGAAGACUGUGUGUUGUUUCGUGCCCUCGACGUUUGUGUCGGUGUGUAGUCUCAUGCCGAACAUGUUGCUUUUACCUGGUACAUACGCCUAGUGGCAUUACUAGUUGACUGUUGCUUCUGCGGAUGAUUACGACGCUGAAUGGUGGGCAGGCAAGCAAGCAGGCAAAGCAAAAAGGAACGAGUCGACCAGCCUCACCGCCGGCCCGCCGCCACCAUGCUGCGUGGCGCGACUCGGCAGCUCUGUCUACGAUGCCGCACGAGGACCAAGACCUGCGUGCGCAUGCUGCGGGCGCGCCGAGCAAAAGCAAACAAAGAAGCAGGCGGGCAGAGCGCGAGACUAUCGAGCCCCAGACGGCGGGGCGAGAUCAAUGACGGGGAAGAAGCGGGCCGGAGCGGUGGUGGCACGACGACUCGUUACCGUCCGUCACACGAGGGAAUCCCAAGCUUGGUGGGGG